GGGAAGUAGAAAAACCCUAAUAAAUCAAUAUAAAUAUCAAAAGCCCUUAAACCCUAUUCUCCUCUUGCAAACUAGUUCCUCUUUUUCUCCACUCUUUUUCUCCACUCGCCUCUCUUUCUCUCAACCUUUCAAAUGGACUCACCAAUGGAGUUUUGGGGCGUUGAGGUUAAAGUUGGAGAAUCUGUUAAAGUUGAUCCAAAGGAUAACUUUGAAGGAUACAUCCAUAUUUCUCAGGUUGCACUUGGAGAGGUUAAGAAAGGAAAAGCAAGUGAGCCUGUUGUUGUGUAUGUGAAAGUUGAGGAUCAGAAGAUUGUUCUGGGAACUCUUAAGAAGGAUGAGAUUCCUCAGAUUUCUAUAGAUAUUGUUCUGGACCAGCAGUCUGAGCUUUCUCAUAACUCCAAGAAUGCUUCUGUUUAUUUUUCAGGAUACAAAGUUUUUAGCCCUGAAGAUGAUGAUUCCGACAGCUUUUCUGACUCUUCUGAUAGCGAAGAAGAACUUGUUCCUUUGAAGGAAGAUGCUCAAGCAGUAAAGGAGGCUGCUAAAUCUGGAAAACCUGCAGCUGAUGCAUUGACAAAGCAAGUCAAGGUUGUUGAUCCAAAGAAUGGCAAGACUGUUGAUCCAGAGAAAAAUGAAGGUGACUCGGAUGAGUCCGAUUCAGAUUAUUCUGAGGAUGAAAUUUCUGAUGAUGAGAUCGAUACUGAUGCUCUUACUGGUAGUAGUGAUGAAGAGACUCCUGCUAAAAAGAUUGAUACUGAAAGUGAUAAGAGUGAUCAAAAUGAUACUUCUAAAAAUAGCGAUACUGAUACUACUGAUAUGGAUAGUGAUACAGAUAGUGAUGAAGAGACUCUUGCGAAGAAGAUUGAUAGUGAUGAGAGUGAGAGUGAGGAGGACGCUACUCCUAAAAGUUUUGAUGCUGAUACUGACAGUGACAGUGAUACUGAUAGUGAUGCUGAGAGUGAAGAGGAGGCUCCUGCUAAGAAGGUGACUCAGGGCAAGAACAACAAGAGGGGAAUUGGUGCUGGAUCCCAAACUCCAGUUCCUGCCAAGAAAGCUAAGAAUGGUACUCCUGAAAAGACUGGUGGAAAGAAAGGUGUACAUACAGCAACUCCCCAUCCUGCAAAGCAGGGUGGAAAAUUUAAUCAGAAUGCUGCAAAGGGCCAGACUUCCAACUCUAGCAAGUCCGGCGCCUUCAAAACUGGUCAACAAAGUAAAAAGUCUAAGCAAGGUCGUCGGUGAUAUUGCAUUGAUUACCGUAUUCGCGUAGUAAUUUUCCCUUGUAUUUACCGUGAGUAUGGUAAAAAUGUUUUGAUGUUUUUAUCCUAGAUAUAGACUAGUAAGCUGUGGAAACUGAGAAGUUUACCGUGAAAUCAUGUCUGGAAAUUUUGUCUACAUUGUUGAACUCCAAUUUAUUAAAGUUACUGCCUUUAAAUGUUGGGUAUAUUGCUCAACACAAAA